AGAAGAAAACAAAUUCAGUUACUUAAUCUUCAUCACCAUGGGUGGAACUUCGAUCUCCAUGGCUGGUAGAGUAACCAGGUUUCUGAAGAAUCGCCAUAGCUUCGAGUUCGUGUAUGGUGAUCUGCAGCAACCAGAUCAGAGUGUUGGUGAUGUUGUUGAGUUUGAAUUUCUUGACGACGGAGGUGAGGUGAUGUUAGGUCAGAGUGCUAGUAGUGAGGAAAUGGAAUUGAAUGUUGAAGAUGAACCGGAGAAGGAUCUGAACGACACCGUUGAGGAGGAUAGAAGCUUCUGGGAGAAUCAACAUCAGGUUUUGCAGGCGAAUAUAUGCAGAACGAGUUCAUUGGAAUCAAGGAUAAGGCAAGUGACGAAAGAAGCGAUUCUGGAAUUACAGAGCGGAGCAACCGUGUGUGGUUGCAGCAGAGAGGUGGCUGUGACCAGUUGCAGAAACUGCUUGAUGAGGGAAGUUUCUAGGAGGCUUCAGAAUGCAGGUUAUAAUAGCGCAGUUUGCAGAACAAAAUGGAGAAGCUCACCGGAUAUUCCAUCAGGGGAACACAGUUUUUUGGAUGUGAUAGACAAUACAAACUCAAAGAAAGGGGUGGUGAGGGUGAUGAUAGAGUUGAAUUUCCGAGCAGAGUUUGAGAUGGCAAAGGGAAGCGAAGACUACAACCGACUCGUCCGGAAGCUGCCGGAGGUGUUUGUAGGGAAAGUAGAAAGAUUAAGCAACGUGAUAAAGAUCUUAUGCAUGGCGGCGAAAAGGUGCAUGAAGGAGAAAAAAAUGCACUUGGGGCCAUGGAGGAAGCACAGGUACAUGCAAGCUAAGUGGUUGGGUCCUUGUGAGAGGAACACUUCAACAACUCCUCUGUCGUUGGGAUAUAAUUCUGAGAGGAUGCCAAAGCCAAAGCCAAAGCCAAAGAAGGCGUCCAUGUUGACUGUUGAUCUGUUAGAGAAGCUUCCAAACAUGCAUUGCACAGCGGUUGAGGUUUUGUAGUUGUAAGAUAGAGGAGUGAUCUGCAUAUGUUGCAGACAAAAUGUAAAUAGAAAUGGGUGCCCUGUUCAAAGCCUGAAUUAAAGUUCAUUAGCAUGAA